UCGUUUGGCGGAAGGAAUCAGCGUCUUUCUCUUUCUCUGUGUAUUUUAUCCACUCCGCCGUCUACCGAGCUGAUCACGCACGUGCGAGCUUCUACACGAGCGAGAACGAGGAAGGGAAGGUUUUGGUUUGGAGAGAAGUGCGAUCGCCGUGAUCUUAGCGAGCGCUCACCGGCGUCCGAUGCCGUCGAGUCCCAUCGACGUUUGCCCUCGGACGUAGAUCUCGGACCUCUGGGCCCCGCCUGCGAUAUUCUCGCGGCAUUGUCUGGCCUUUCUGUCCUUAAGACGGAGAAGGACGGAAGAGAGAGGGAGGGUUUCUAGGGUCUCAGGGGACUUCUCUUGCUCCGGAUGGUUCAGAUGGUUGAGUCCUCCGGCCUGGAGCCGAAGAACGCGGCGGUGAAGCCGAUGGCGGCGACGACGAUGGCUAUCGGGGAACCGGAUUCGCUGAAGAGGUUGGCCGUGAAAUUGGAGGCCGAGGAUCCCGAAGAGGAGGAAAGCGGGCCGCCCGGCAAGAGGUCUAGGUACGAGGCGCCGUACCAGCAGUGCACCAUGGGCACAACUGCAAUUUCAACCCAGUCAGCAAUAUAUAAUCCGCUCGAUGAACCUAGUCCACUUGGAUUAAGGCUGAGGAAAAGUCCGUCAUUGUUGGAUUUGAUUCAGAUGCGACUUUCUCAAGGCGAUGCUGCAACAUUUGGAGUUGAUGGCAGUGGAAACUUGGACCCAACAAAGAAAAGGGAUUUGAAAAGUUCAGUUACGUCAGCUGCAACUGACAAACUGAAGGCUUCCAACUUUCCUGCCUCACUUUUAAGGAUUGGUUCUUGGGAGUGUGUGUCAAGGUAUGAGGGUGACCUGGUCGCGAAGUGCUAUUUUGCAAAGCAUAAGCUUGUCUGGGAAGUUCUUGAUGGUGGUCUCAAAAGCAAAAUUGAGAUCCAGUGGUCGGAUAUCACUGCCUUGAAGGCAACUUUCCCAGAAAAUGGGCCUAGCACCCUUGAUGUAGUGUUGGCCAGGCAGCCUCUGUUCUUCAGAGAGACCAACCCUCAGCCAAGGAAGCACACCCUAUGGCAAGCAACAUCAGAUUUUACGGGAGGCCAAGCAACCAUACAUAGGAGACAUUUCUUGCAGGUUCCUCAUGGAUUGCUUAACAAACAUUUUGAGAAGCUUAUUCAGUGUGAUCCUCGUUUAAACUUGCUGAGUCAGAGACAAGAUAUACCAGUAGAUUCACCAUACUUUGAUUCCAGGGGAUCUGCAUUUGAUGACCAAGAAGAGUCUAAAUGCCAUGGAUUUGAUCAUAUGAAAAAUGAGUACAUGUCACCGUUUUCUGGGUUUCAGGACUCUGCAUCAACAGCUACUGCCCAGACAUCAGGCUCCAAGAGUGAGGCCAUGGAUCCUGCUAGCAGGUUGCGCGAGCCUGUGUCUCAGGAAACUCCAUCUCCUAGUUCUGUUAUGGAUUCAAGGGCUAUUGAAGAACAUGGAAGCAUCGGAAAUGAUAAAUCAAAAGGGUCAGAUCUUUGGGAACAGUUCAGGAAUCCUGCACUCCGUUCAUCGAUGUCAAUGAGUGAUUUGGUAAAUCACAUUGAGAACUGUAUCACAGAACAGAUGACGUCUGGCAAUCCUCUUCCAGCUGGUGAAGGCCCCUGGAGCAAGGAUGCAUUGGAUGAGAUAGCUCAGUAUCUGCUGAGUGAUUCUCAGAAUCAGACGGCAUCUGAUGAGCAGUGUCUCAUGACAAGAGUGAACUCUCUCUACUGUCUCAUGCAGAAAGAUACAGGUACUGAUCAAGAAACACAUGCAACCAGUGAAAACAGGGGCAAUGCCCAGGUACAAACAGAUGGUCAAUCUGAUGAUGAUGAUGAUGAUGAUGAUGAUGAUGAUGAUGCUAUUUCUCCGUUAGGAGGCUAUGGAAAAAUGGCCAAAUAUGUUGCAUCAUCUAAUGCUGAGAUUGAAGAUGGACCUGACCGCAAGCAGAGUACUACAAUGUCUAGAAAGGACUCCCUUAGUGAUUUGCUGCUUAAUCUCCCUCGGAUAGCAUCGCUUCCCCAGUUUUUGUUCAACAUUUCAGAUGAUGUUGGUGAUCGAGCCAGGUUUCUUUGGUAGUUCUGGAGAGCCAUGUGAAUGACAACAACAGAAUGGCCAGCCGACUCAGAUUGAGUCCACCUUAUGUGCCUGCAUUUCUGGAGGUGAUAUCUUCUUCUAUGAGCCAAGGGUGCCUUUCUGCUGCAGAACAUGGAUGAAGUGUUACAGCCUGGACACGUCCUCUUUUAUAUACAAGCUGGAGCCACUGCGAGCAUGAGUAGUUUCAUGCACAUCUAGGCGCUCUUUAAAAAAUUGCAGUAUUCUUCUGCGAGCCAAAUUACUCCCGUGGACCGUGACACAGGCAACGUGUUGGAGGAGAACCUGAAAGCAACAUUUGCCGCUGAAUCCAUGUCAAGAAUUCUCUCAACUGUGCCAUCUUUAUUUGUCAAGACUUGAUGAGGUUUAGGCUUAACACCGAAAAGCCAGUAGGCAUGGCGUGAAGGAUGUGAACUCGAAGAGUUGGCUGGGCCUGGAAUCACCUUAUCCAUUGAGUUUUGCGGCAAGUGUUUGUACAUAUCUCUCUAUUGAAUGUUGUGCCUUUUAUGGUCAAACAUGAUUUUAUCUCGUAA